UUUGAAACGUCUAAUUUAUAGUUUGUUAAAUGAAGCAUGACAUGUAAUAAUACAGUUUUCUUGCGGUCAAUUUUUGAUUAUAUCUCCGUUGUAAUAAAAACAUCGUGUUCAAAACCAACAACACGUUUAUAUCGACAAUUAAAUUUUCCUCUCACUUUUUAUGUGGUGUUGUAUGAAUCAGAUGAGCUCGGAUUUGUUAGACGUAGUUAUAAAAGACGCGCACAGCUGAAAAUUCAAAUCAAUAAUUUAUUCUAUCGCUUUCUCUUAAAGAGUUUUUUCUAGAAUAUUAUUUUUGUUAACAGAAGAUCGAAGAACAAGCCAGUUUUUCAAGAAAAAAUAAAUAUGGCUAACCGACCAAGAGGAUAUGGACUGACAGCAGCAUUGCAGAGAAAAAGGGCGGAGAAAUAUGACUAUGAUGAUGAGCAGGACGCACUAGCCUGGAUGGAAGCAGUUCUCGAUGAAGGGGAGAUUUUUAUAAACGUUCAUGGCAUGAGAAAGACACAAGACGCUUUGAGAGACGGUGUUUAUCUAUGUAAACUCAUGAUAGCGUUAUGUCCUGGUAUUAUCAAAAGAAUCAACGUGCCCGACUCACCUUUUAAAUGCAUGGAAAACGUAGAUUUAUUUUUAAAAGCUUGUAGAAAAUACGGACUAAAAUCUGGCGAUUUAUUUCAGACGAGCGAUUUGUAUGACGGUGUAAACACAACAGCCGUUAUUAAUACUAUACACGCUGUGGGAAGAAAAGCGCAAUCAAAUGGAUACGACGGCCCUAUUUUAGGUCCGAAAGAAUCAACACAAAAUCCGAGACAGUUUAGCGCUGAGCAGUUACGUGAAGCCGAGAAAAUAAUCGGGUUACAAAUGGGUUCAAAUAAAGGCGCUAAUCAAUCUGGCCUUAAUUUUGGUAAAACGCGUUCUAUUUUAGAUUGAGUACAUUAAACUAUAAAACUACGACAAAUUUUAUUUUUCACGAUCUGAAAUCAGUGCAAAAAAUGGAAAGAAUCACCGCAAUUUUGGUUGAAAGUAUUUCGUUUGAAAUAAUAUGGAAGUUGGUAGUUUCGUUCGCGUGUCAACUAUCAUUGGCAGCAGAGCAGUAAUUGUGCCUCUUGAUACGAAAACAAUGAACGAUACAGGAAGUUAACAAAUCGGUUAGUUAGAAACGCAAAAAAAAUUUUAAUGAGGACGAAUUUUCACGAGUUAAUUUCUAUGUUUUCAAUUUUCUGUGUUAAUAUUAACUUAUUACGAAAUAUUUUUUUCGUGUUUUUUUCGUUAAGAAACUUCGUUUGUAAAUAAUUCAGAAUAUAUUGACAUUUAAAUAAACGAUUUAUUGCUGCAAAUUCGUUCCAAUUUUAAUAUUAUGCGUUAAAAAAACGCCAGAUAAAAGGUUGGUAAACAGGUGGUAUGAAGUUUGAAUAGGUACGCAUUCUGUUUAAAGCUUCUAUACCAUCUUGAAAAUAGAAGCUGUUAAACUUUGUAAGAUUUAGCAGCUUCGUGCCACCAGUGUUGUCAAUUCGUUUUUAAUUAUAAAUAGCUUUCUAUAUUUUGAUUAUAUUUGCUCUUUAUAUUUACUUUGACUUGUGACUACAGAGCCAAUUACUUCUUUAGUGUUUUAGUGGCAUUUAGCUUGUGUCAACGUUUAAAAAGUGACAAAAAGUCCUGGGAACAAGGUUUGUCAGAUUAUAAUAAGGAAUGAGUAUUUUUUGUAUUUUAAUUGCAAGCAUGCUUUCAUUUCCUGAUUGAAGCCAUCCCAUUUUUCUAUUUUUCUUUGAUUCGUUUUUUUUUUUUGUAGCGUAUGAAAUAAAAUUGAAUUUAUUAA